AUGAACGAAAAACAGAGGUCUCCACAAAUCAAUCCGCUACUUCUACGCAUUAGAACUUCGAUAGCAUCAUUACGUUCAACCUCUUACGCAACAAAUUACAAUUUAUUACCACUUUCCACCCUUUCUCCUAGUAGUAUAUCACCAUUGCCACCGACAACCUUUCGUCAUGGAAGAGGUUCAAGAACAAUAUUAUUCCUUCCUAACUUUGUGAGAAGGAAAUGGGGAUAUAUCAGUUUUAUCUUGUUAGUUUUGUUCAUAGUGAUAAUUCGAUUACAAUUUGUAAAGCGUCAUAUUCCAUUUGAAGAAACGCCAGCUGUUACCGGACAUUCACAGCGACAACAAGCAAGGCCACCACCAACGACAUCUUCCACAUUCACAGAUAAUUAUCCAAAACAAUUAGCAAUUUUAAUCAUACCUUCAUCAACCACCUCAAUAGAUACAUUUAGUAAAAGUAUCAUAGAUACAUGGGGUAAAAUAGCCAAACAAAAUAAAUCAUUAAGUGUAGAUUUAUGGUUCGUUACUUCAGAAGACACGUUAAGGAAAUUUGGUUGGCCAAAUAUACCAUACGAUGAUGGGAAGACUAGUAGAGGAGUUGAAGACGAUGAUGUAAUAGAGGGGGUCAGGAUGAGCGGUAAUGAAAAGGAAACGGAAAUCGAAUUAAAAAACUUGUUGAGAGAAAUGGUGCAAGAAAACAUGCAGUUUGAAGAACCAACCGAAUUAAACGAUGAACAAGAGGAAUUUCAAAAAUUAACAAAGGCACUUCAUUAUUUAUACGAAAAUCAUUUAGAUCAUUAUAAUUAUGUGUUAAAAAUUACGGACAAGUCAUUCGUUAGAUUACCAAAAUUACUUGAAUCUUUAUCAACAUUAAAUCAUACUGAGAACAUUUUUUCAACCAUGAAACAACCUAAAUUAAUAGGAAGACCAAUUUUAAAUCAUGAGAAUACAAAAACUUUUUGUUCGAAAGGAUCAGGACUCGAAGAGAAUCAUGAUUUACGAGAGGAUUUAGCUAUAGAACGAUGUUUUAUGCGAUACGUUCCCAUGUUUAACGGGUGUGAAACAUUUUUUGAUAAUGAUUUGGGUCAGUUGCCCGGACAUGAAUUCUUAUAUUUAAAUCCUGAUGAUGUAAUUAAUUGGGAAAAGUAUAAAGAACCUUUAGAGGUGUUUAAUGACGAAUAUAUGAAUCGGUGGAGAUUUGCUGAUGCUAUCGUUAUUGGUGAAGUUAAAGAUCCUUCAAAUAUGAUAGCAUUAGAAGAAUGGUAUGGUAAAGGUGGUAAAUUUGAUGAGAUGGUUGAGGAAAUGGGUGGUGUGAUACCGGACCCGGAACCUAUACUUACACAAGAGGUGGAUCGUGUCGGGGAUAAUCAUAAGAGUAAUGACGUGAAUAAAGAGGGUGUGCAGAAUCAGGGACCUGAAGAACAAGUUGAAAAGGUGGAUGAUGUAGAAGAAAUUAUGACAAUAAUGACCGCAGCGCCAACGGAGACAUUAUCAAAUGAAAAUGUUACUUAUGAAACAACAUCUGAGCAAUCCUCGACCACCAUUAGUUAA